UCUACUUAAAGCAAGAUGGCAGAUCAGACUAUGCACAUGGUAGAGGUUCUUUCAAAUGACUCUGAAAUAAAAGAAAUAAAUAAAAUGGAUUCCACGAUUCUAGAUUAUUUUACAAAACUCAAGAGCGAAGCUGAACCUGAAAGAAUAGACGGUGCAAUUGUAUUGCUAAAGUAUUUACAUCAGCAAAGCUCAGAAGAAAAUGACAGUAAAGAAUUUAAGUAUGCCAUGAAAAGGCUUAUACGAAGUUUAGGUUCUUCAAAAAUAACUUCCAGAAUAGGAUUUUACACAACUUUGACAGCCUUUUUAGUAAUGCAUCCUGAACUGCCAAUUGACAACUUUCUGUCUGUAGUAGACAGUGAAUUGCAUCCAGUAAAUAGUAACAGUAAAAGUGAAAAUGCUGAUAUUUAUAUGGGACGUAUAUUAGCAUAUGGAGCAUUAAUACGAUCACUUAAACUUUUAAAAGAUACCAGUACGAUACAGUCACAAGUCUUACAAAAUCUUAUCAAUGCUGGUAAACAACGUAGUUACCUGUCAUUUGUUUGUGUUUCAUUUCUUGUUAAUUUUAUAAAUCUAGUUAAUCUUGAUUGCAUACAAGAAGUAGUUUGGCCUAUUGUUGAAAAAGAAUUUGGUAGGCCUUGGCCAGAACAAACUUUAGAUUCCUUUUAUGUUUUAUUAAUUAUCAAAAACAAAUGUCCAUCGCUUGUGGAUAAUGAAUUUUCAAAGAAACAUUUUGGCACAGAGAAUAUCAUGACCAAAGAGUCUAUGGGCAAUAUAGUGAAAGUGUUACUAGAUGUACCCAAAGUUAUAUCAUGUCAUCAUCCAGUAUUUAAAUUAUUUUGUGAAAACUUGGUAUCAACUGAUCUUGUUAGUGACUUUUGGACACAUAUAGAUUGUAAAUUUACAAAACCAUCUAAAACUGAUGAACAUUUAGCUGUACAAAUGUUUAAGUUCAUAUUAUCAAGUGUUAAAGAUAAGUCUAUACUUCUGUCACUGUUAUCUCCAAAUUAUAUGCAGUACAUGUUAACAAAGUUUUCAAGAUUCAAAAGACAUGAUAAAGAUGAAGUACUAAUGGCAUUUAAGGAAAUUUUAAAUUCAUUAGUAACAGUUGUAAGCAGCGAUAAUAUCAAGUCAAAAUUACAAAUUGCUGUAUUAAAGAAGUUAAUAAUAUAUCCAGGUGAUUUAAUGAUUGAAAAAAAGACAGGUACAAAAGUAGUUCAAACAGUUACGAGUAAUUUGAGUUUAGAAGGAAUUAAAAAAGUUUCAAAGAUAUAUAGAAAUAUAAUUGAAAAUACACUACCUAAAGAAAAAUCAAACAUAAAAACAGAGUCAUUUUGGACCAAUGCUGAAAGAAUUUAUGCUGCUCAUUUAUUAACAAGAUUAAUGGGACAUUAUAAAACAGUUGUUGAUCAAGAAUGGAGAUUAGAUCAAUUGAAGUUUUUAUUUGUUUAUGGAUUAUGUGAAAUGCCAAAUGUUGGAGUAGAACUAGCAUCGCAGUUUAAGGAAACAUUUUACCAUGCAUUGGAUCACAAAUUACCAAAGUUAAACGACUUACGAAAUGUAUUAAAAGAAUUAGUUCAUUACGUAAAUACAGAUAUAAAGAACAAAACUUUAAAAUUAAGAAACCCGUUAACAGAGGAAGCACAGGAUGCUUGGGAAAAAGUGAUACGUUCAAUCGAAAAUUUAGAAAACAAAUCAAAAAAGAUGGAAGUUGUGCCGGUAUUUCACACAAUGAAUUUACACAUGGGUUUACAAUUAUUCUCAGAUCCAAAAAUGGCUGUUAUGGCUAUUAAUGAACUUCAAAGCUGUUACGAAAGGCUGCAAAAGAAGUCCAAAAAAUGUAAAAUAGGUGCUAAUAAGAAAGAAGAUGAACCAGAAUGGGUAGAAGUAGUUGUUGAUUUGUUACUAUCGUUUUAUUCUAAAAAUAGCCAUUUACUACGAUCAUUAGUGGGUUGUGUUUUUCCACAUAUUUGUCCGUAUGUGACACCAACGGCUAUACAUCAUAUAUUAACGGUCUUAGAUGUGAGAAGUGAGAAAACACCUCUUGUAAUAACAGAUAAUGUUGAUGAAGAAGUUUCCUCGGAUACAGAUUCAAAUUCGAACAGUGAAGAUGAAAGCGAAGAUGAUAGCGAAGAUGACGAAAACAAUAGUAAUAGUAAAUUGGAAACUUCGUCAGAUACCAACUCUGAUUCGAAUGAAGAAUCAAUGAAUGAAGACGAGGAUGACGAAGAUGAAACAGUAACUGAUAGAUUAAGAUUGGCAGUGCGUCAAGCAUUAGGCGAUGCUUCUGUUCACACAGACGACGAAGACGUAAACGUUGAUGACAUUGACGAAGAAGAAGGAAAAAGAUUAGAUGAAUCGUUAGCGGCAGCAUUUAGAAUUUUGCGAGAAAAUCGUCAAUCACAGUCCAAAAAACAAGAAAGAUCAGCUCAAGCCCUUACACAUUUUAGAAUUCGUGUCAUAGAUUUGUUAGAAACUUAUUUAGAAUGUAGUCCAUCAAUGGCAGUAGCACUUGAUAUGUUAUUACCCCUUUUCACAUUGUUGGAAUACUGCAUAAAAGAUCCUCAUCAAAAACCUCUUCAAGAUAGGGUUCGAUCUUGUUUAAAGAAAUUGUCAACGGUAAAAAAAUUUAAGGAUAUUGAGGAUAUUAACGAAGAAUUGAUAAUAGUGAUAUUGAAGGCAUUGAUAGAAAAAGGGGAACGAACAACAUCAGUUUGCCAUGAGAUGAGCGAUAAAUUAGCAGAAUGUUGUACAUUUCUUGUGAGGUGCGCGCAGCAAGCUGAUUUGCCUACUAAUGCUAUAGUUCAAAUUUAUGGAGAAAAUUUAACUGCGUUUUUCAAAAGAAGAGACUGUAUAUUGUCGCCUUUAUUAUUUAAAAACAUUUUCCAGUUAUAUUGGGAGGGUAACUGGCAAUUAGCACCGUUGCUGGUGGAUUUUGCUUUUGACAGUAGUGUGAGGUCUUUCCGCCGAUGUUAUGCACUCGAAUUUUUAACAGUCUUUUACAAUAAUAGUCGGUUAGUGCAUUAUGAUACGAAACAUUUGGACAUAAGAACAAAAAUGGAAAAAAAGUUAUGUAAAAAUACUGUAAAUACACUUAAAGAAUUAUGUAAUACAAAUAAAAAUGAAAAUCAACUGUCCGUUAUAAAUAGUAGUAAUGGAAUAGGAAAAGAAGUUAAACAAAGGUAUGUUUGUCUUCUUUUAUUACUGUUGCGAAACGUUCACGGUCAACACUUGCCACAAGCAUGGAAUUGGGAAGAUGUUGGAAAUGUACUCACAAAAUUUAAAGCUCAUGUAUCGUUUGCAAAAGAUACAAAAGCAGCAUAUAAUAAAUUGGCAACACAAAUUGGAAUUCCUCUUCACACACCAUCUAAAAAAAGUAAAAAUAAACAGACUGCUGUAAUAAAUGGAGAAAUAACAAACAAUGUAAAUAAUGUUGAACAAGAAGAUACAGAAGUUGUACAGGAUAACGGAAAUACACAAAAUGAUACAGAUAUAAUGACAUUAAAGAAAAGGAAAAAAAAUAAGGGUAAACAGAAAGAUAAACAGUUAUUGAAAAAAGAAGCACGUAUGUUACGUGAAAAAACGAUGUCAGAAGGUUUCGAAUCAUUUAAUUUUAGUUCGUUUGUUUUAAACGAAGAAACAAAUGACGAUAAAUCACUUCAGAAUGGAAAUUCACAAAUUGAACAGACUAGUCCCAGUACUUCGCAGAAGAGAAUACUCAAACACAAAUUAGAUGAAUGCUUCAAAAGUAUUAACAAACCGAAGACGUGCAAAAAUGCAAACAUUUUUUUAGAGAUAUAGAUCCAAGAGUUUCAACUUUUUGCCGUUAGAUGGCUGAUCAUUUCAAAGUUAUAGAAUUAACUUCGGUUGGCAAAUGGUUGCAAGUGACACUUAUAGGCAGAAAUGGGAGCAUUAUAAGCAUAGGGCACUAACCAAAUUUCAUUAAUAUUAGUAAGUAUGAAAGUGUUACACGUUACACCGUUACGUUAUGAUUUUAUAUUAUAGAGUAUGAUAUAAAUUAAACGAGUGGUCAGUAACGAUUCCAGCAUGUCAGUAAGUUAUCGACAGGUCGGUAAUACGUGUUACUUAUCGAUAAAUGAACUAAGUAACCGACAUAUAGCUUCUGCUUUAAAAUUGUACCAGGUAAACGUAAUCGGCAUCGUCGAAUCCACGUAAUAUAUUGCAAGCAGUGUAAUAAAGUGUUUCUAAACAUAGAAACAAAUGAAUUUUAUUAUUACUACUUAUAUAACAUUUGAUUUCAUUCUGCAACAUCGCAUCACUGCUGAAACUAAUAAAAAAGAAAAUUGAUUUUUUAUUAAAAAAAAUUUACACGCUUUAUUAAAAUAAAUACAUUGAAACUCGGUCUCGCAUAUGUUCACAUUGGCUUAGUUCAAAUGUACAUUUCAUUAUUUGUUAUUUAAAUAUAUAAUAUUCCAUAAAUAUACAAAUUAUAAUGGUUUAAAA